ACAUUUAGAUGCCAUGUUUAGAAAAAUGUGCAUAAAAUGUAUUUACGUUCUAACAAAAAAUUGUGGUAUAAAUAUAGAAAAUAGAAUAGUAGUAUGAAUAGUAUUUAUGAGUAUGAAAGACCUAUGAUAAUAAUUCUCUGUAUUUACAGGAUACACAAUGCCAUACUGUUGCAUAAAAUGUUUCAAUUCAUGAAAGACAGGGAGUCUGAUUCUGAUCCAAUAAAAAGAGGUCUACGAGAUCGCCGGACUCUGUAUUCUAGGGACAUUAGUGCAGUUUAUUCCUCAGUAGAUUCUCUCUCAAUUCGGCUCACAAAUCGGUUCCACUUUUUCCGUUCGCGUGCUAUCAAGUUGAGGCUCUUUCUCUUUGGCCUAGUUUCCACUGAGGGUUUAAAUCGGAUCAGAAUGUAAGAACCAAUCAACUACAGUCGUUUGGCUGUAACAGGGGAAUGCUCGACUGUAGUUGGUUGGUUCUUACAUUCAGGGGAUUGAUUCUGUAUCU